AUGCAAAAAAACGUGACCAUCACCAAAAGAGUUCAUGCAGCUCUCCAGCACGACUGCGCUAGAUUGAAGAAAAAGAAACCUACAGACGAGGAGAUUGACAAUUUAAUGUGGAAAGGUCUCAGGCAACAUGAUCCUUCGUUUACAGACAUUGAAUGUGACAAGUGGCUCCUUGAUUUCACAGGCAUUCAAAUGCGAGUCAACUUGCACGACUGGCUGCUCUGCAUCCCAUCUUUCCCGAGUGAUUCAUCAACGGUAAUUGAAAAAUUAGACACUGCAUUAUCCACUUCACUUCAGAAGUGUCAGUCGGUGUCACCCUACACACACCCUAUUGCUGACAAACAAUACCAGCUAGCCGAUUGGCGAAUUCGUCCCUUGCCUGAGCAAAUGGUCAAUUAUGCUCGAGAAGAUACCCAUUAUCUAGGAUACAUUUACGAAAAGAUGAAAAAGGAUUUGAAGAUGAAGGGAACAGGAGAUAAUUUGCUGACAGCAGUUUGGCAAAACAGCCGAUUGGUUUGUCUCAAACGUUACAGAAUUCCCCCUGUCAAUGCCGAAAGUCACUUGGAAUUGUAUAGGCUCUGCAAGAAUAUUUUCAACGAACAUCAGCUCUUUGCAUUAAAAGAACUGUUUGCUUGGCGCGAUCGAAUAGCUCGAGAAGAAGAAGAGAGUACUGGUUUUGUUCGACCCAAACACAUGUUGUUACAAAUCGCCGAUGUUCUACCUAAGGAGAUGCAAGGUAUCCUUGCCUCUUGCUCGCCCAUUCCGAUCCUGGGUCGACAGCAUUUACUUCAUCUCCAUGGAAUCAUAUUAAAAGCAAGAGAGAUGCCUCUCGCCACUCUACAACAUCACGGCCAGCCAUUAGCCAUCCCGAAAACGAUGCCGACUCCAUUGGAUCAAGACACCGAAGACCCCCUUUAUUGUAUGCACGACUUGACACAUUCUCAGGACAUCCGAGACGACUUACUCACUCUGCUGAAUCCGCAAACUAUCGAAUCAAUGGCGUCAAGAUCCGAGGAGUUUGGAGUCCGCAUCACUGUAAAAGAGUUCCCACAAGCUUUAAUCUUCGCUGAAUCGGCCCAGCCUGGCAUCAUAUAUUCGUGUCAGAGCUCUAAAGAAGAAAAAUCUGUAAUUCCAUCUAACACCAGCUCCCCAUCGAAAAAGUCGGCGGAUGCAGUAGUGCCGUCAGCAUCCAAGAGCCCUAAUCCAGCAAUCCAAAAACCCCAAUCCAGCAACAUCCCAGAGCCCCAAUCCAGCAACAUCCAAGAGCCUAAUUCCAGGAACCGAGCCCAAAAUGAAUUGUUUAUGUGUUGCCGGAUUCUAUGA